AUGAAGCUCUCCAUCGUCUCCAUCCUCACCCUCGGCCUCGCCGCCGGCUCCCUCGCUGCGCCCACCGCGGUUCAGGAGCGCGACCUCCCCACCGUCACCGGCGUCCUCUCCAGCAUCGGCACCAAGGUCGACGCCCUGGGAUCUGCCAUCCGAGCUUACAACGGUGGCGACGUGGCCAAGGUGCAGCAAGCCUCCGACACUCUGGUGACGGCCAUCAACAACGGCAACACCAAGGUCAGCAGCACGGCCGCCCUUAGCAGCGGCGACGCGCUGGGACUCCCCGGCCCCGUCAACGAUCUCAAGGAUAAGAUCACCGCCGUCAUCAACAAGCUCGACGGCAAGAAGAGUCUCAUCGUCAAGGCCGGCAAGGGCGCGCAGACCUACAACGACCUGACCCAGCAGAAGGCUGCCGCCAAGAAGCUGUCCGACACUAUUGUCUCCAAGGUCCCGGAGAACCUCCAGAGCCUGGCUGGCUCCAUCGCUGGCGGUAUCUCUGACGCCAUCGACACCGGUGUGAAGGACUUUGCCGAUCAGGCCCCCAAGGGCUCCAAGCGUGAGGAGGCGGCCCCUCUUGUUGAUGCUGCUAUUGCGGUUUAA